AUGGCGGGUGACUAUAUUGGCUAUGUGGAAUCGAUGCGACAUCGGUACCCCAAUCUGCGUCGCUUCUGCGACAUUCAGGGCACGAGCCAUAGACAGAACAAAGAGGAGACAAGUCGCGUUGUCGUCAUUGAGAUCCGUGAGAAUGGCAUAAGUCAGAAAAAAUUCGACGCUCCCGACGAUCUUGAUCGGUAUAUGCAAGGCCCGCCCUCCACAUCAGAACCGUGUAAACAUCGGGUGUAUGUUCUGGAGGGCUCCGCGCCAGCCUAUGUCCAAGUCCUCGGUCGUCGUCUUCGAAUGGACCCGUUCGUGUUUUCGGAGCAGUUGAUGCGUGGCGGAACCCGCAAGGAACAGGCCGCGACGCUACCUUCCCAACACGGUCCUGAGCGGUCCUUUAGCAUGCAGUAUGUCGAGUCACGUACAUUCCCCGAUGGCCACCUAAACACUCUCGGAGCUUGUUGUCUCUAUCAAGACCGGAAAAUUUGGGCAACCAAGAUCAAUUCGAAGUUCGACGAAGUGGCGAAAGUCCACAGGAUCGCAUCCUUUUGGUCCCGGAAAGAACCGAACGGUGACUUCAACGGUCUAAUUCUCGUGGAUCCGCCGGUCGGAGAGCUCAUCAAAAUCGGCAAGGCCGCUAAGAAGGAGAUACGACGCUGUCAGAACAAUCUCUACCAGGGAGGAUACGUCGACAUCUCGCCGUUCCCUUGUGCCCUGAGCCUUGACAAAGAUUGGGAAUCCCAACCAGGCCCAUCCCGCGAGUCACUGUUCGAUGACAUUCUGUUCUACUGGAAUCAUAUAGACAGAUUCCCCAACUUGCACUCCUCCAUUAUCGAGGGGCCAGCUGGGUUCUUCGACGGUGCAUCCUUCUUCCUCAAAAGCAUCAUUGCCGCAAACUGGAUGCAGUUUCUGGUCUACUUUGACGAAAUCAUCGACCGCCUUGAAUAUGCACUGGCUCGCGCGGACAUCAACGCCCUCGACGGCGUGGAGAACCACCUGGUCGACGUCGCGCACUGGCAUCGGCGCUGUUGGAAGUCCUGCGAACAAGUCGAACACGCGAUCCAUGCUCUUCAACCCGAUUUACGCCUCAACCAGGACUCCUCCUUGACCACGGGCUCUGUCUUCACCAGCAUCGCCGACUUUGUCUACAUCCACAAGAAACUUUGCGCACUUACAAAGCGUUGCCAGCGCCUCAGCCUAUCUCUCACCAAUGUUAUCAGCGUGAUCCAGUCCCGGCAGGCCUCCGAAGAAGCCCACAGCUUAAAGAUCCUGACGCUCCUCGGUAUGCUGUUUGUGCCUCUGACGUUUUUGUCCGGAAUAUUCAGCAUGUCCGGGGAGUUUCUACCUGGGGAAAGCAGCUUUUGGGUCUACAUUGUGGUCAGCAUCCCGGCCGUCGUCAUGGUGUUCUUGGUCGUCUUCUCGAAAGAGGUUGCGCAGUUCCUGAAGCUCAAGGAAAAGCAGAGGAAGAGUCUCCUCAAUGUGAGACUUACAGCUAGACCCCCAGCGUCCGCACACGGAGAAGCAAAGGAUGUAGAGAAAGGGUAG